UACACAUAACUGCAUCGCCUCAAUGUUGUAGCAAGGGUUAAAAUGGCGGGCAUCGAGGUUGAAUUCGACGAGACUGCGGUCAAUCAGUUUAGCUGCAAGCGUUGCGACCGCACGUUCAAGAGCAAACGCGACCAGACCCUUCACCGCCAGGAGGUUCAUAAUCACAACAAAACUACCUAUGAAUGCAAGCUUUGUGCAAAGAGUUUUUGCAACUCGGGCAACCUGGAUCGCCAUAUGAAGGUGCACAACGACGUGCGGCCGUUUGUCUGCAACAUAUGCUCGAAGGCGUUCGCCCAGGCAGUCAACCUUCAGCGCCACUUCGCGGUCCACAGUGGCGAGCGGCCGUUCACGUGCAACUUCUGCAACAAGUCCUUCACGCAGCAGAGCAACAUGAAGCGCCAUAAAAUGACACACACCGGUGAGAAGCCGUUCCGCUGUCAGCGGUGUGGGCGCUACUUCUCCCAGCUCGUGAACCUCAAGAAGCACAAGCUCGGACACCUCAACGCCAAACCCUACCAGUGCAAUUACUGUGAAAAGGGGUUCACCCAGCUCUCAAACUUCAAGCGUCACCUUCAGUCGCACAUCAAGGAGGGCGUGGACGUCGAUGUGCCCGCGUCGAUUCAAGCGGCGGCGGCCCUGGCGAGGGAACGUCUCGAAGCGGAGCAGAAACCGAGUUUCUUUGAGUGCAUGGUUUGUCGAGCUAUUUUCGAUACGUUCAUUGACUACGAGAAGCACGAGAGCAAAUGCAAUGAGGAUAAUGAGCGGGCCGCACUAGAGGUCAAUCAAAUGUCCCACAUGCAUCCCGAUGACUAUUUGCCCAUGAAGUUUGCGGUGCCCGACCUGGACACGCACGAGAUCAUAAUCGAGACUACACAUUAGAGUUGCGAUAAUGUUAGACACACGGACAUAAUUACACAAACAACAACACACAGAGCUACACCUACACCUACACAUACAAAUAGCAAUGAAAACGCGUCUGGAAAAUUGUAAAAACCAUUGCAUGAAUUAUUCAUACUAUAUACCAUAUGCAGGCCAACCCAACCUAGUUCUCCACUGAAAUACAGCAAUAAAUGCAGUAAAUAUACUUAAUAUAUGAGUA